GUCCGGACAUUGAUUUUGAAAAUGUUGGGAUCGUUGUCGUUGUUUGUGGUUUCUGUUUCAGUUUCGAUCUGGCUGCUGGCAGCUGAUUACGCACACGCACAACAAAAGGCCAACUUGCAGUUUACGCAUUGGGCCGACGAUGAGGUGCACUUCAACAGCAGCUUGAAGGCGAUUCUAGUGCCACGCGUCGUUGGCAGCCCGGGGCAUCAGCAGGUGCGCAAUUACCUGGUCAACUCACUAAAUGGCCUUGGCUUCCACACGGAAGUGGAUGAGUUUAGGCAACGGGUGCCCGUCUUUGGUGAGCUGACGUUUGCCAAUGUUGUGGGCUACAUUAAUCCUCAGGCGCAGAACUUUUUGGCACUCGCCUGCCACUACGACAGCAAGUAUUUCCCAAAUGAUCCCGGAUUUCUGGGUGCCACCGAUUCUGCCGUGCCCUGCGCCAUCCUCCUAAACACGGCCAAGACGCUGAGCAGCUAUCUGCAGCAGCAGUUUCAUAAUCGCAGCGAUCUCGGCUUGAUGCUGAUCUUCUUUGACGGCGAGGAAGCCUUCAAGGAGUGGACCAACAGUGACUCCGUUUAUGGUUCACGUCACUUGGCCAACAAACUGGCGCGCACGCGCACUGGAACCCCAAUGGCUGGUCAGGGAACAAUGGCUCCACGUCACAUUGAUCGCAUUGAGGUGCUCGUUUUGUUGGAUUUGAUUGGGGCACGCAAUUUGAGAUUUAAUAGCUUCUAUGAGAAUACGGAUGGACUGCAUUCCAGCCUGGUGCAGAUUGAGCAAAUGUUGCGAUCUGCUGGCCACCUAACGGGCAAUAGUAAAAUGUUUUUAAAUAGUCCCGCUGGCGGAUUUGUCGAUGACGAUCAUCGUCCGUUUCUGGAAGAGAACGUGCCCAUCUUGCAUUUGAUUGCGACUCCCUUUCCGGACACAUGGCAUACGCCCCGAGAUAAUGCUGAAAAUCUGCAUUGGCCAUCAAUACGAAACUUUAAUCGCAUCUUCCGCCACUUUGUCUACGAGUAUCUGAAACGGCACAGUGCUCCAGUGGAUUUGCGUUUCCAUCGGAAAUAGAGAGAAUAUAUAUAUAUAUAUAGGGAGGUCAUGUGGCUUAAAAUAUUAUCAUUGUAUUUAUCAUGUAAAUUGUGUUUUGUUAUUAAAAAAGUGUCCUAGUUGAA